AUGAGGAUAGUCUGGUUGCUGGCCCCUACUGUCCUGCUGACAGUGUCUGUCACACCAGGAGCCGAUGCCUGCAGUCGGUCACCGGUGCUCGUCCUCCUCUGCGCCCGCUGCUUUGCCAACAUCACCUCCCGGUGCCCACACCUGCUCAUCCACACCGAUGCCCACCUCAUCUCAGGGACCACUGCAGAGCCACCCAAGGCCUCUAGCGAGGAGGAGCUGCUGAACUGGGCUCAGUCUACCUACGGGGGCAUCACAUCCUACAGCGAGCUGCGGGAUCCCCGCUGGGUGCAGCUCCGCCUGGGAGAAGAUGCCAGCAGCCCCCCAAACUGCAUCCCCCAGAACCACUUCAAUGCCAUGCUGCACCUUGAGACUGAGGUCUUCUUCCACGGGGUGAAGAGCUGCUCGCAUGGGGACACCCAGAGCACCAGGGCUGCUCACAUCAUCCAUCUGCAGCCAGAGCCCAGCUCCCUGAUCACAGAAGUGAACCUGUCCCUCAGCUGUCCCGAGAAUCACGUCAGCAACCAGAUCCUCAUCCUGCAGAGCAGGGCCAACUUGACCUGGUCUCUCUCCUUCAAGAAGUGCAACAUCCAGGUCAUGGCCUCUGGGAACUACAAGAUCAUGACCAUCUUUCCGACGCUGUUGCCUGGGGAGCUCCUGCCUGACACGGAGCAGGACCUCAUCGCUAAAGCCUUCGAGAAGAACUACAGCACCAUCGCCUCCUACUCCGCCAUCCCCGCCACCACCCGCAUCAGCAUGGAGAUCCAGGAGAACAAGGCGGCCAAGAAGGUGACUGAGAUGAUCACCCCCAUGACCCGCCUGACCCCCACUCCUGAAUUGCAGCCCCACCAGCUGCUGCUCCUGCUCAAGCCCUGGACGUGCACAGAUGAAACCAUGGAGAUCACCAUCAUCAAGUCCCACCUGAAGGUCAUCAAGGACUUGGACAUCAAGGACAUCACACUGAGGGACAUCAACUGCCAGGCAGAGAAAAAUGCCACCCACUUCAUGUUGAAAAGCCCCCUCAGCCACUGUGGCACCUUGCUAGGGGGCAGGGGCUAUGCCAACAAUGAGCUCCUCAUCAAGCUGUCCAAGGGCACAGAACUCCAGGACAUACGGGUGGCCUUCCAGUGCGAGAUCCCACGGGAGCUCUUCCUGCGCCUCUUCCCCACCGCUGCCUUCGAGGUGCCACAGACAGAGCUGGAGGUCAACAAGGAGGCUUUCCUGCAGGCGUCCAUGAUGUGGGACGAC